AUGCUCCGGUUGUUUCUAAGGGAGCCAACGUGGGGACAGAGCAAUGGGGAUGAUGAAUUUUAUAAGCAGAUCAAAUCUCUUCUUGAUGAAUUAGAACAAGUCAUCUGGUCGUUGUUGUCAUCUGGAGGUCGAUCUGAAGCUCGGCUUUGGCUAUGUAACACUAUGUCGGGCAUAAGCUCCAUUACCCCCCAGCGCCAACGAGACCUGUUUGUGAGCCUGUUGAGAUCCAAGCCAAUCAAGCGGCACUUAGCAUCACAACUUCUGUAUUUGAUCUUUGGCAAGCAGCCCCAGAAGGUGGGGCCAAUAAUAGCAAAGGAAAGCCACAGGCUGGAGAACUUUUUCAAAGGAAACCCAAGGCACAUUUUGCAGUGGUUCUCUAAUUUCUCUGCUACUGGCAAAUCUGGACAUGGUCCAGGUGCCAAGGCUCUCUCUCAAUUUGCUUUCAUAAACCGAGAUAUUUGUUGGGAGGAACUUGAGUGGAAAGGUAAGCAUGGGCAGUCACCUGCCAUGGUUGCAACUAAGCCCCAUUAUUUCCUUGAUCUGGAUGUUCAACGAACGGUCGAGAAUUUUCUGGAGUAUGUCCCUGAAUUUUGGUCAUCUCCUGAGUUUUCCGAGUCGCUAAAGGAUGGCAGUAUUUUGUUAGUCGAUACAAAAUUCUUCUCCAAUUUGUUCAUUGACUUGAUGUAUAAGGACAAACUUGAAGAAGUAUGGGAACUCAUAGAGGAUUUCCUCGUUGAGCAAUCUUUUUCAUUCUUAUGCCAUCACCUUCUUAUUAUCCUUGAAGAGCAGGAGUUGCGUGAGUUCCUAGAUAUGAUACCAAAAUACCUUAAACUGAAUUCCGGAAUUUUUGGAUCGGGAAAUAUGCUUGAGUGGUUUGAGAUUAUACUUUCAAAGUACGGUGGUUCGGGCACUGUUGAUCAUCUACUUCUUCUAAAUGCGGUGACUAAUCAAGGCCGCCAGCUCAUGCGCCUAUUGCAGGAUGAAGGCAGUGAAGAAGAAAAAGAAAAGAUAAAGGAUUUGGUCUAUCAACUUUCUGAGUCUACAAGCUUUGCCAAUGAUCUAGGGUCAGCAAUGGAACAAGGCCUAAGGAAAAAUCCAUUAGAAUAUGUAAAAUUUUUAGGUGUGCAUUCAUGGGCUAUACAUUUUAGACUAGCUGAGGAACUCCGUACCCCCGAGUCCUGGGAGUCUCUGUUUAUCAGCAAUGGGAUAAAUUUCCGCAAGUCUGACAAGUAUGCUUUGGUAAAUGAUGAUGAGUUUUCUGGCGAUUGUGGAUCAGAUUAUGACGGAAAGUCUUCAACUAAUCGAAAAUGCAAGAAGCAUAAAAGGCAUAAGAAGAAAAGAAAAAGAAAGUCUGAUCGUGCUGGAAACUAUGGGGAUGAGUUGUGUGAUUUUGAUUUAUCAUAUAACAGGUUAGAUCUGCAAUCCAAGGGGGGUGAUUGGUUGCUCUCUACUGAUGGAUAUUCAACUACAUGGAGUAGUGUGGAUUUGCCUGAUCAUCUUUCAAGGCAUUGCUUUAUCACGUGGUUGAAGUGGGCGUUUGUUAAGUGGGGCGUAGUGUCUUGA